ACCCUACCUGAGAUUGGGGAAUUCGGAAUCACUUCGGACCUGAGAGUCCUGCUCCGUGAAACAGGAACGGGAAAACAGGAGAAAAAGUUCAAAUAAAGUUGGUACGGAUAAAACUUCCGACAACCACCCAGUUCGACCUUUGGGAAAAAUUCCAUUUGUGGUUGUGCCUCGAAACUUGGUGUUUUUUGAAAAUCUUGUGUCACAAGGAGAUAUUUGUGAGUGGUGUUGAUCUAAUUUAAUUGCUUCUGGAAAAGAAUUGGAACUAAUUUUGUUAGUGGCCUCGAGAUAUCGGGUCACUAUGUUUGGAAUUCUUUUUCUGGUUCUACAAUGGGUGAUAAGCACGUGCGCUGGAAAGACAUUUGGAGGUAUAGAAAGAGGAGAACCACAAGAACGACACACAGUAUUAUCUGGUGGAAAGCUUUCCCUUCCCUGUGAUAUAAUUUCACCAAGUGAUGGAGAUGAAGUAUAUCUAGUUCUAUGGUACAAAGGUGAUAUUGCAACACCAAUCUACAGCUUCGAUGCCAGGAGAGGUCACGUGGGGCAAGCGAGGCAUUCGUCCAAAGAUUUCUUAACUGGUAGAGCCUAUUUCAACACCGUACCUCGACCAGCUGUUCUGGAAAUUUCCGGAAUAAGCCCAGAAGAUGAAGGAGAAUAUAGAUGUAGAGUAGAUUUCAGGAAAGCCCAAACACGGAAUUAUCAGAUUGCCGUCAAAGUUUUAAUUCCUCCUGGUAAACCAGAAAUAAAAGAUGAGCUAGGAAAAGCACUUCAAGGUGUUAUACGUUCAUACAAUGAAGGUGAUACGUUGUACCUGAUAUGUGAAAGUAAAGGAGGAAAACCUACACCAGUAUUGACUUGGUGGAGGGGCCCACUUCUCAUAGACGAUACAUUCGAAGUUACAUCUACACAUAUCGUCAGGAAUGAGUUACAAAUAGACAGUUUGACGAGGAAAGAUCUAAUGGCAGAAUUCACGUGCCAGGCUUCAAACAACAACGUAUCGUCACCAAUGAAAAGUUCAAUUUCUGUGGAUUUGAAUUUUCGACCAUUAGUUGUGAAGAUAGAAGGUCCCAGACAGCCAUUCAAAUCAGGCGAAAGAGUUCAACUGAAAUGUUCGGGUCAGGGCUCUCGACCUCCAGCAGUACUGACAUGGAAAAAAGCAGGAUCAAACUUCAAAAAUCCUCAAGAAGAAGUGGUCACUGGGGGUAAUGCAACAAUCAGUGUAUUUUCCUUUACUCCCACACCAGAAGACCACGGUCAUUAUGUCACUUGCCGAGCUGAGAACCCUCUCAUCCCCGGAAGUGGCAUUGAAGACGGCUGGAAGAUGGAAGUGCAUUUUGUCCCACAACUAAGUCUCAGACUUGGAAGCAAACUUCGACAUUCAAACAUACUAGAAGGAAACGAUGUUUACUUCGAGUGCACCAUCAAAUCUUCACCAUGGGUCCAUGAAACUGGUUGGCGAUUCGAAGGCCAGGAACUUGUUACAAAUAUAUCUGCUGGUGUGAUCGUCAGUAACCAGUCACUAGUUCUUCAAAAAGUACAAAGGCGGAACAGGGGACGAUACAGCUGCACAGGAACAAACAGUGAAGGACAAGGAGAGAGUAAUCAUGUUUACUUACGUGUACAAUUUACACCGAUCUGCAAAAGUGGCCAGCAGACAGUGUAUGGUGCUAUGCUGCAUUUUCCGGUAGAGAUUGCUUGCGAGGUUGAAGCUGAUCCAGACGAUGUGUCCUUCAGAUGGGAGUUUAAUAGCUCAUUUGGAACACUUGAGUUAGAACCCACCAUUACAAGUGGCAGGAAAAGUGUCGUCCAUUACAUUCCCAGAUCUGAACAGGACUUUGGAACGCUCUCGUGCUGGGGAAGAAACAGAGUUGGACUUCAGCGGAUGCCUUGUCUCUUCGUUGUCAUCCCUGCAGAACCGCCAUCUGCCGUCCACAACUGCACCAUCGGCCAAGAGACAGAGUAUUUUUUCCGAGUGUCCUGUUACGAAGGCAAAGACGGUGGCCUUAACCAAUACUUUCAAUCUGAAGUGAGAGGACCAGACUCUACUCUACUCUUUAACCUCACUUCCCAGACAGCAGACUUCGCAGUGCGAGGAUUAAGUCCGGGUACUAUUUAUACACUAACCAUGUAUGCAGUGAAUGCAAAGGGUCGUAGCACUCCCCUCAUCAUUAAAGCAUCAACGCUUUCUACACCUGAGAGUCAAACAAGAAGAGAGGAUGUGUGGGAACUGAGCCUGAGUCCUGUACUCUUAGUGCUAUUCGCUGUCAUUGGAGGAAUCGUUCUUGUUGCCUUCUCUAUUAUCUUGUACCUAAAGUUCCAGGGAAAAAGAAACAUCGCCAAAGGGUCUAAUCAAUCUGAAGACAAAAAAAAUCCAUCUAGCUCUGAUCCCGACCACAAAAAUUUUAACCACUGUUUAUGUGAACACCGAGAAGAGGAGCAACUAAAGCAUUUCACACCUGAUAGUUAUGUAAUCAUAGAAAAUAGCAAACCAGAUGUAACAGGAGAAGCGACAGCAAAAACGGAAAGUGUAUAUUGGAAAAAGCUGCCGCUUGAUUCAUCAAAUAGCGAAAAUUUUAUUAAUCCAAGAUUAAAAAUUAAGCUUCCUCUGCAAACAGAGCUGGAAACACCUGACAUUGAAAGAACGCGCACUUAUGUAGCUAGUCCAACAGAGAGCUUCACGCAUGGCAGCGCCAUAAUUGUCAAGCAACGGUCAUCACCAAAUGACCGGAGUCCUUCUUCCGUCAGCUUAACUAUCAGACACACAGAUGUUUAGCAUAGAAACCAUACCUAUGGUGCCAAAUAAAUUAUAUGUCAAAUUGUGUAACAAAUCGAACUGAUUGCUGUGCUUCAUUGAGGAAUGAAUUACUCAUGUAUGCAUAUAAAAGAAAGAAGACAAGAAUUAUGUGAUACUGACAGUGUUGAACUGUAGAGACUAUAUGAAAAUCGGUACAGAUUCUCGAAUGAGUAGAAUAUUGUGUUGUGAACAAAUAAACCCAUUUACGAUUUGAAAAUAAUAAAUGGUGCUCAUCAUUUGACUUUUUAGUACAAUAAUGAAACUUAUGAAGAAUUUCUAUCAUUUUUAUAAUAAGAUCAAAAUGUUUUCAUGAGGAUACAAUGUGUUCGUUGAAAAUAAUUCAGCUACAGUGAUUCAUUGAUUACUCUUUUCUUAUCAUCAAAAACAUUAUCAUCAGGAAUAUAUCUUCCUAAUUCCAACAAUUUUCUAAUAUUUAAGAAUGUUAUUCAGAAGCAAGCAAAAACAUAGUGAUAUUUUAUAAUUACUUUGGAAAAUUCAAUGGUGAUUGAAGCACGUAAUUUAAAUAAUUACAAGCAAAUUUAAUCUUAUAAUUAAAUAUUAAUCAAACUUGUGUAACUUGACAUAAAUAAAAUUGAAUUAAAUUAUCAUAUUAAGAAAUUCAAUAAACAAAUACAUACAUUUACUAUAGUAUUACCUUUAGUCAUUUUAAACAACCUUUAAAAUGUUUUCAUUUAACUUAUAUUUCGAAAAUUGAUAUUACCGGAAAUGUAAUAUCAGUACCUUUAUGGUCUGAGUUGAAUAACUUUUCUUCAAAAAAAU